AUGGCCGGCAGGUUUCGGACAGCUUCGUGUUGGGGAUUAUUGUCAUUCAAGGAUAUAUCUGUGGAGUUCACCUGGGAAGAGUGGCAGUUACUGGACUCUACGCAGAAGUACCUGUACAGGGAUGUGAUACUGGAGAACUAUAGCCACCUGGUAUCUGUGGGGUAUCAUGGUACCAAACCUGAUUUAAUCUUCAAGUUGGAGCAAGGAGAGGAGCCAUGGAUAAUAAAUGCCAAAGUUUCCCGUCAGAGCUGUCCAGAAGGUUGGAAAGAAUGGUACCAGAAAAAUCAAGAUGAGUUUGAAAAUAUUGGGAGAAGUUAUGCUUGUGGCGCAUUUGGAAAACGUCAUCUGAGCAGAACCCAUGUUCCUUCAAGACAAAGAAUCCAUAAGUACAACACACAUGGAAAAAGUCUGACACAAAACUCAGGUUCAACCAAAAGCUGUCUGAGAAAAAAUCCUGAUAAGUUCCAUGGAUAUGAAGAAUCCUAUUUUCUUAAGCAUCAAAGAGCUCAUAGUAUAGAAAAAAACUGUGUGUGUAAUGAAUGUGGGAAAGCUUUUCGUUGUAAGUCACAACUGAUUGUCCAUCUCAGAAUUCAUACGGGAGAGAGGCCUUACGAAUGCACCAAAUGUGAAAGGGCAUUCAGUGCCAAGUCAAACCUUAAUGCUCAUCAGAGGGUGCACACGGGAGAAAAGCCCUACUCCUGCGGUGAGUGUGGGAAGGUAUUCUCCUUCAGGUCACAGCUCAUUGUCCAUCAGGAAAUUCACACAGGGGGGAAACCUUACGGCUGCAGUGAAUGUGGGAAAGCCUACAGCUGGAAAUCACAGCUGCUUUUACACCAGAGAAGCCACACAGGCGUGAAACCUUAUGAAUGUGGGGAGUGUGGGAAAGCCUUCAGUUUGAAGUCACCGUUUGUCGUACACCAGAGGACUCACACAGGAGUGAAGCCCCAUAAAUGCAGUGAAUGUGGGAAAGCCUUUAGGAGUAAGUCCUACCUCCUGGUUCACAUCAGAAUGCACACAGGGGAGAAACCCUACCAGUGCAGCGAUUGUGGGAAAGCCUUCAAUAUGAAGACACAACUUGUUGUUCACCAGGGAAUCCACACAGGAAAUAAUCCUUAUCAGUGCAGUGAAUGUGGGAAAGCCUUCGGUAGGAAGGAACAGCUCACCGCACAUCUGAGAGCACAUGCAGGCGAGAAGCCCUAUGGAUGCAAUGAGUGUGGGAAGGCUUUCAGCAGCAAAUCAUAUCUUGUUAUACAUAGGAGAACGCACACUGGAGAGAGACCCUACGAAUGUAGUUUCUGUGAGAGAGCCUUUUGUGGGAAAUCCCAGCUCAUCAUACACCAGAGGACUCACUCUACGGAGAAACCCUAUGAAUGCAGCGAAUGUGAGAAAGCCUAUCCCAGGAAGGCGUCACUUCAGAUACACCAGAAAACUCACUUGGGAGAAAAACCUUUUAAGUGUGGUGAAUGUGGGAAGGCCUUCACUCAGAAGUCGUCCCUCAGUGAACAUCAGAGAGUGCACACAGGAGAGAAGCCGUGGAAAUGCUCUGAAUGUGGGAAAUCCUUUUGUUGGAACUCAGGGCUUCGUAUACAUCGAAAAACUCACAAGUGAGAAAUUAGAAUGAAGUAGAUGUUAGGGACUUUCUCACAGACGUUGAUUCUCAGGAGACUUUAGAUGAUAAUGGAGAUGGGAUGCAGAAGCAGGAAGUCCUAAAAGUACACUCUUAUCAAUUAAGUCAGAGAGAGACCGUCAUAUUUGCAAUGAAUGGGCAAA